AUGCCCUUCCAGACUUUCUUCCUGGACUUCAACAGGGGUGAGCACCGAGCACCAGAGUUUAUAGCGAUCACCCCUAAUGCGCGAGUCCCCGUGCUGAUCGACCACGCGCUGGACAACAUGUCCCUAUGGGAAUCCGGUGCGAUUCUCUUGCACCUCGUGCAGAAACACUACAGGGAGACCGGCAACGCGCAACUGUGGUCGAGUGAUUUCAUGGAGCAAUCGCAGAUCAACGCAUNNNAGUUGUUCUUCCAAACGACCGGCCACGCGCCCCCGAUCGGGCAAGCGUUGCACUUCCGGUACUUCCACCAGGAACAGGUCCCCAGUGCUUUGGAACGGUACGUGGACGAAGUACGCCGUGUCUACGGAGUCAUUGAGAUGACUCUCGCGGAGCGCCGCGAGGCACUGAUCCUCGAACUGGACGUGGGCAACGUGGCGUCGUACUCUGCCGGGACAACUCCACUCUCGCAAUCCAAGUUCUUCGAGUACCCAGUGUGGCUCGUCGGCGACAGCAUCACCGUCGCAGACCUCUCGUUCGUGCCCUGGAACAACGUCGUGGACCGUAUCGGCGUCGACAUCCGGGGGGAGUUCCCAGAAGUGUACAAGUGGAUCCGGCAGAUGUUGCGCCGCCCAACGGUGGUGAGGGCGCUCCGCUGCGGCGACUGA